UAAAUAAAUGGAAUUAUGACUUUAUUUCCUCAUAUCCCCGUAUUAGAGGCCCUUGUAUCAAUGCCUUGCCGUGUCUUCAGAACGGCAUUUUGGGACAAGCGUCGAUUUUCGCUCGUCAAAUCAGAUUCCUUGCAUCCAGGACUCUUGAAGAUUGUAUCCAAAACGAGAUUUGAUCGAGGCGCUGCAUGCUACCAAAGGUUGCUGACGCAUGAUAAUAUUAUCUUCUUCAAGGCUGUUUCUUUCUUGCCGAAGAUAAAUCCUCCUCUAUUGCCACAUCAGCCGAUGCCGCCGCAAAGCUAUUUGCGUGGGAAGCCUUCCAUCUGUUUCUGUCUCUUCGUCCAGAACAUUGAUUGGUGCAUACCCGUCACCUUUCUUUCUUUUUGACUACCUACGAAUAGUACCAGGUAGGUUCGAGUGGUAAGGCGGGAGCCUUCGGUCGCGUCGGCGAUAGAGAGAACGCAACAGUUGUUUGGGUUUAAGCGCUGCUUUGUUGGAAGAAUCUGCAGAGUGUCUAAAGACACGACGGCAACAGCCCCAUCAGCCCCAUUAAAAAACACAAGCUGUUGGAAAGACACACAUAUUUUGAACUGCUUGGAGGUGUGCUGCUACCCAUCCGCAUUGGUCAAUCUCCAUAGCUAUCGGCAGCUACUACUAGAUCUGGGUACCUUGAAGCUUUAUUGCACGUUUCGGUCUGCAGAAUAUCCGUUGACUUGCAUUGUCUCGACUUAACAGAACUGCACUGCAUUGAGUCCGCAAGUCAUGUCAACGAAUCUGAACUACAAGCAAGUCGCCAACGUCAAGAGACGGACGUGGGAUGUCGAAGCGUACGAGCAAAAGGCCAAGGCAAGAGCGGACGAUGAAAAAGCCGGCGAAAGCGGCGAUAAGAAUGACAAGAAGGGACGCCGAGCGCCUCCUACAGACGAAGAGAAUGCUCCCAAGAGACUCAAAACGGAUGGGACCGAAGGAGAGGACAGCAAGGACGAAUUCAAGCCUGCGGAACCAGGAGCGGCAGGACCUCAGGGAUCGCAGCGAGCCUUCUUGCAGCCACGAACGAAAAAGGUCGAAAUCGACUCCUUAAUUGGGAAUACAGAGAUCAUUUCGGCAGAGGCAGCGGCGAAAACAUCGCUGAAUGACAAAGAAGGGGGUUCCGUCAAGGAUGGUGUCACAAAAAGUGGGGUGGGAUGGCACUGCAGUGUUUGUGACUGCUUCUUGAAAGAUUCCAUGACAUACCUUGAUCAUAUCAAUGGACGAAAACAUCAACGAAAAUUGGGAUUCUCCAUGAGAGUUGAACGGUCUACCAAAGAUCAAAUGCUGGGAAGACUCUCAACAUUAGCCAAGGAAAAAGACCGGGCUAAACAAAAAUCAGAGGCAGAAUUGGAAGAAAUGGAGGAACCCAAUUUUCAUGUCAUGGUCAAGAAAAAGGACGAAAAUGAGGCCAAGAAGAAAGAGGAACGCGCCAAGAAGAGGAAGGAAAAGAAAAAGAAGAAAAAGCAAGCUGCAGAAGCGACAGCAGAACCCAAAGCAAUUCCACACGAAGAGCCAGAAGCUACUAAGGAUGCAGGCGGCGACGAGGAAGAAGAGGCAGAAGCUACCAUUGAUCCUGCCUUGGCUGCUAUGAUGGGAUUUUCUAAUUUUGGUGGUGGAAAGUGAAUCACCAACACGGCAACCAGCAUGUUGGGAUACAAUAUACAAUCUGCUCGGGCAUUUCAACGCGUAGCGGCUCAAAAUGUCCGCUAAUCUUCCAAACAAAGUCACUAAAAUCACCUCAGUUCGGUGUGGUUCACUUUUUGAGUGUACAUUUCACCUCAGUUCGGCGUGGUUCUUUUGAGUGCGUGCUUCAAUUCGCGAGCGUAGCAGAGUUUGGUUGCGGCUAGAUGUUUGGGUUUGGCCAUACCCUUUGUCCCAUCUCCAUUACAGAAAAACUACAAGUACGACCCCUUUCGUAUGAGGGCUGCAAUAUGCUGAUGCUGGCUUCUUGUUACCGAUGGUUCUGUGCCUGCCCGAUCUUCAUUGAUACCGGUAGCCCGAAAGCCAGGUCGAGAGUACACGUCGUAUGGGCGCAAAUUCAGGUUGUUGACCAGUUGGUGCCUUUCCUUCUGAGCAGAAGACUCAAUCUAUACUCAACUACCAGGUACCACAGUUGUCAGGAGUGCUGACAUUUUG